CCACACUGCCUCGUUAAUGGUUCAAUUAAAACGGUCCGUUCGGAAUUCCGCGACGGUCGAUUCCAAUGGCUAUGCCUAGAAACUGGACGAUGGGUUGUUGGCUGUUACUACGCAAAUGAGACACAUCCGGAUGUGUACUUGAAGAUCGGCGAACAUGGCUACAAUGGCCUGAUCAAGCACGUUUGCGAUCGAUACAAGGACUAUCCCGGCCGUGUGCAGUACUAUGCUGAGGUCGAAAGAUGGGUGCACGAGAGCGCAUCGCUGUUCAUCGCAAACGAGGAGGUGCUACGUGGCAAAGUUCGGUACCUACCAGCCUCGCGACGGCAAUGGCCUUCUGAUCAACACUAG